UGGAACUAGGAGAUCGUAAUAUUCUUAUCUAUAAACAUGAUGAUAAAAAUUGUAUUCAUUUUUAAAUUUCAUUUUCUAAUUUUUAUCUUGGACAGUUGAACUACUUGAACUACGGUGGUUGAAUAUGAACGAUUGAGCCAUCACUCCCAUCCGUUAUUCGUCAUCGUUUAUGACUUAACCAAUUUUAAGUUAAAUUUAUCACCAUCUGUGAAUUUAUUUUCGUUGUUGUUUAGAUACUCGAUAGGUAGUUGAUAGUAUUUCUAUGGUCAAUCGUUACGAAUCUGAGUUUUAUGUAUUUCAGUGGUUAUAAUUAUAAAUACCGUAAUCUAUUAUCGAUUAAACGAAUAUUUUGUAGUUUCUUUGAUAUGCCGUUCUAUGCUGUAAUUUUCAAGUCUAAGAAAGCGGGUGCAAUAGCCGCAAACUGGGAAGCAGUUCGUGGAUUGAGAGAUGCUACUCCUAAUUCAUUUGCUAAGAAAUUUGAUACAAAAAUAGAAGCAGAGAAAUAUAUUAAAGAUUUCAAAUUCCAGAUUGUGCAAAAUACACCAAGCACUAAUGAUUAUUCCAAAGGUGUGAAAAGGAAAAGAUCCGAAAAUUCAAAUUUUCCGAUCAGUUUAGUUAAAGACCAUAUAAAAAAAAUAAAAAUGGCAUUCAGUGAUUUGCUUGCUGUAUCAUCUUUAACAGGAUUAUCGGUGACCAGUUUAGACCAAUUAAAAAAUUUAAACAAUUUAGUAAUUGGUAAACUUCAUGAAAUAUUGAAUGUAAAUGAAACUGAAUCCGUAGAACACUUGUCCUUGGUUACUACCAUAAAUACACCAUCAGAUACAUUUUUUAAUGAAAAAGAUUUUUGUUCUCCUAAUAUUGAUGUUAUAGAUGGUACCGACUUACUCCCAUCUGAACUAGAAUCAGCAAAAAAAUCGUUCACGUUCAAUGAAAAAAAUGAAGUUAUUGUUUAUACGGAUGGUGCUUGUUCGAAUAAUGGUUAUAAAGGAGCAUCUGCAGGAGCUGGAGUAUGGUUUGGAAAAAGUCAUCCUUUGAAUUUGGCAAUAAAAGUACCUGGAAUACAAACUAAUAACAAUGCAGAAAUAUUUUCAACCAUUAAAGCAAUUGAACGUGUUAAUUCUACUGGUCUUACUAGAAUAAGUAUACACACAGAUUCAGAUUUUGUCAUUAAAAGUGUAAAUGAAUGGAUGCCGCGUUGGCAGGCUAAUGGGUGGAAAACUAGUGCAGGUGCUGAAGUGAAAAAUAAAGAAAUGUUUAUGGUAUUAAAUAAAAGAAUUCAGUCUAUGGAUUCAGUUAGCUGGAUAUAUGUUCCUGGCCAUAAAGGAAUUACUGGUAACGAGGAAGCUGAUAAGCUAGCCAGGAUAGGAGCUAAAAUGUAAAGGAAUAAGUUUUAAAUUAACUCCACUGUUAUUAUUAACCAGCUAAAUUUGUACUUUUUCUUAAUUCAUAACAUUCAUUUUAAAUAUAUUUUAUAUUCAUCAUUAAAUUAUACAACUAUUUCAGACAAGUGAAGUUAAGUUUAUGUGUGUAUAUUAUUAAAAAGAAAAAAAACAUUUUAUAUUUAAAAUG